CCGCCAGCAUCUCCACGCCCCCGCGCAACCCCGCGUCGGAUUUUUUCACUUGGGUCCUCGUCCUGCUUCGCAAUCUCAUCACCCAUCUCUCCCUUCAUCCUACAUCCUGGUGGAUUUUCCUGUAUUUUGCGUUUUGAGGUGAAUCGCAGUUUUUGGUAAUGGCAAUGGCGCUCGCUGUGGCAACCGGCAUGUCCUCCGUCGUUGGCAAGAGAGUGAUGGGCACCAGCCUUGUCGCUGGAGUCCAUCACUCGUCGGUGCCCCAAAGUGCCACUUCACUCGCUGCGGCCAAAGGGCGGAAGAAUUUGGUGUGCGUGGCAUCGAUGCGAGAGGAGGAAGUGGAGAAGACGAAGGAUUGGGUGAGGAGUGGAGCCGUCGCGCUUGGUGCUGCAGCGAUGGUGCUGCUGUCGAAUGGAGCCACCGGUUUGGCUAUGGCGGACGAGGGUGACGCUCCGUUCCAGACGUACUAUGGCACUGCGGCUAGUGCUUCCAGCUACGGUGGAUACGGUGGCAAUGCCAACAAGAAGGAUAGCGCCGAGUACAUUUUCGAUGUCCCUCAGGGCUGGAAGGAGCGCCAGAUUUCGAAAGUAGAGAAAGGCACAAAUGGAACGGACGCAGAGUUCUACAACCCCAGGAGAAAAGACGAGAAGGUGUACCUGACCUAUCUCUCUGGAUUCAGGAAGUUGGGACCUCGAGACAACGUGCUCAACAACCUGGCUUUGUCGGAUGUGAACUUGCAGGAUAUUCUCGGAUCAGCAGAGGAGGUCAAAUCCGAUGACCUAGUUCAGAAUGGACAGCUCUACUACGUGUUUGAGAUUGACAGCCCCGUCGCUCAUGAACUGAUCAAGGUCACCUGUGCAAAGAACAAGCUGUACACGCAAUUCGUGAAAGCACCCGUAUCCGACUGGGCUCGGGACAACGUCAUGCUCAGGAAAGUGCAUGAUUCUUUCACGACCAUUGGCGAUGCUUCCCCUGUACAGUAGACCUAACCUGGUGUCUGCACUGUGGGGAUGGAGCUGUAUUUCUAAUGUAUUCAGUACCGCCCGGGCACGAGUUCAGAGCACGCGGAGCCUAUUUGAGCCUUUUAGUUGGAGAGUAGAGAGGAGCGGGGAGCUGUAUAGGGAGAUGAAGACACUCUAAUAGUCUCUCAAGAUCAAUAUUGAUAUGUAGCAUCAUUGUUGUUACCUUGUAAGUACAGAAAGCAGAAGCAUUAUGCCGGCUCGUGUUCUUCAAAGCUCUUCAACGUAUCCUAGAGAAUCCUGCCUGCUAAGUAUGCUUUGGCUGAUAUCGCGUGGCUGAUACCGCCUCUGCAAUGCUCUGCACUUUAGGACCAUCACCUGGUGUCACAAGUAAGUGGCGAUUGUUUCAGGAAAGUCAAUGAUGGCCUGUUAUUCUACCAAUCCUCUGUUUUUUCUGUGGUUAUGACGUAGUUCGAGGCAUGUAUAGCCUAGUUGAGGUGACGAGGCCAGCGUAAACAGUGCUGUUCAUGGGUAAUCUGGCCUAGACAGCACUUGAGCCAGAGCUUAAAUCAGCAUCCUCACAGCCUUCCCCUGAACGGCUGCUUGAUUUACAACCUUAGAAUUCAAGUACCGGAGUUGUUUGGAUACAUAUGUUCUCUUGGAUAUGACGACAGCAGUGCUUGUGGGAAAGAAGAGACCAGGCAAUGAGAACAUUGAACUAUAUGCUUUUGCUUC